UUCGGCUUAUGAAUUUUAUAAACAGUACAAAGUUUAUAUCCAAUAUCAAAGUUCAAUAUGCAUGUAUGAAUAUAUAUAUCUAUUCUUAUUGCAUUCAGUUAUAUAAAACUGUAGACCGUUUUAAUUAAUGCAAGUCUUGUAAUAACGUUCUGAGGAAAACGGCGAUCCAAUACUCUCUUAUAUAAGAAGAAAAACGUAGCAAAUUUUAUUCCAAUGUACGUUUUCAAAAGAGGAAUUAGCGCAAUGUCUCUUGCCAAUAAUUUGAUAAGAGAUUUACCUAAGGGACCCUUAGAUGUUUAUAGAAAGAGGGCAACAUUUGAUUGGAAAUCGUUCAAAUUAACUUUAGAGAGUGAAGAUGGUAUACGAUUUCAGCAAAAAUUAUGGGAACUUAUCAGAACACAUCCAGCAUUUCAAAGGUCUUCAAUAGGACUAACGAGCUUGGAUGAGCUUCGAAGACGCUGCAAUGCCCAAUUGGCGGCAUUUCACCAGAAUGACAUAAAUCCACUGUAUGACCAAGAACAUUUUUUUUAUACUUUCCAAUAUGAUGGAUCUAUACCUAUAAAAUUAAGCAUCAUGUACACUAUGGUACCAAAUACUAUAUUAGCGUUAGGUACUGAACAACAUCAUCAUCUUGCAGGAGAAUUUAGCAAUGGAAAUUAUAUUGCCUGUUUUGCUUUAACUGAAUUUUCACAUGGAUCUAAUGCAAAAGGUAUGCGGACCACAGCAACAUAUGAUAUAGCGACAAGAAGUUUUGUUCUUCAUACACCUGAUUUUGAAGCUGCAAAAUGUUGGGCAGGUGGUUUAGGAAAAUCUGCUACCCAUGCCCUUAUAUUUGCACAGCUAAUUACACCAGACAGAGUGAAACAUGGUCUGCAUGUUUUCAUCGUACCAAUUCGUGAUUCAAAAACUCAUCUACCUUUACCUGGUGUUACCAUUGGUGACAUGGGUGAAAAAAUAGCGCUUAAUGGAAUAGACAAUGGAUUCAUAAUAUUCGACAAGUAUUCUAUAUCACAUACUUGUCUGUUGAAUCGUACAGCAGAUGUUACCAAGGAUGGAAAAUAUGUGCUCGCUAUAAAGGAUGAACGAAAAAGAUAUGGCUCGUCAUUAGGCGCUCUAUCAUCAGGUCGUGUCAGUAUUACUGUAAUAUGUUCGCACUAUAUGACUCUCGCGCUAACGAUAGCUAUACGUUAUUGUGCAGUUAGGAAACAAUUCGGUCCUACAGACAAGGAUGAUGAGUUACCAGUUAUAGAAUAUCAAGCACAACAAUGGCGAAUCUUCCCUCAUUUAGCCGCAACAUAUGCAAUAAAAAUAUUUUCGACCAUGUUUUAUAAAAAGAUGGUUGAAUUUUCUUUGAAUCGUUUUAUGAGAGAAGACGGAAACUCGAGCGCUGAUCUAGGAAUAGAGAUACACGCGUUGUCUUCCGCAACAAAACCAUUAUGUUCAUGGAUCGCUCGUGAUGCGAUUCAAGACUGCAGAGAAUCUUGCGGUGGUCAUGGAUACUUGAAGAUGUCGCGUUUGGGUGACAUAAGAGCUGAAAAUGAUGCAAACUGUACAUAUGAAGGUGAAAAUAAUAUACUUAUCCAACAAGCAAGUAAUUGGUUGUUAAGUCAAUGGACUAAUGUGAUUAAUAGACGACCAGUGCCAUCUCCGCUGGGUACCGUGGAUUUUCUUGUUGAUGCAGAACAAAUAUUAAAUACCAAAUUUGAUCAAACUACAAUUGAGGAUACAUUGAAACCUAACAAUUUGCUCUUAGCUUUUAAGUGGUUGGUGUGUUAUUACUUGAAAAAGACAUAUCAACAUGUAAACGAUCUUAAAUCAAAUGGGAUGUCCGAUUUUGACAUAAAAAACAAUUCUCAAACAUUUUUAGCACGGACUUUAUCUCUUGUAUAUGGAGAGCAUGCUGUAAUGAUGUAUUUUAUUAGAUGUUUACAAGAUCCGAAAUGGAAAGCAAAUGAACGAGAGGUACUGACAAAAUUGUGUUCUCUAUUCGGAGCUGUAACUUUGGAAAAGAGAUUGGGAGAUUUGUAUGGCAGUGGUUAUGCUUCUUCUAGUAGUAACAUAGACAAUUUUUUGCGGGAAGGAGUUAUAAUAUUAUGUAGGGAUUUACUAGACAACGCGGUUGCGCUGGUUGACGUCUUAGCACCGCCGGAUUUUAUUCUUAAUUCCUCUCUAGGAAUGUCUGAUGGCGAGGUAUACAAGCACAUGAAAGAGUGGAUAUUCAAAGAUAAAGAAAAUUUGGAACGUCCAUCGUGGUGGAAAGAGAUUCGAUCCAAGUUAUAGUAUAAAUACUGCGAUUAUAUAUAUGAGAAAUAUUUCAUAAUUAUUCGAAUUCUUUUUAUUUACGGGUUUUAGAUAAAAAAUACAUUUGAGAGAGAGAGAGAAAAUAAAAAAAAUUCGGAAUAAACGUAUGGUAUAAAUUUACGUCGCGUUAUUUACAGAGUUGUGCAUAUAUAUGUGUAUAUAUAUGCGCAACUGUAUAAUGUCACACGCGCGCGCGCACAUGUAUGUAUGUGUGUAUAUAGGAGUAAUUUGUUAUAUAUUAUGAUAAUUGAUACCUCGAUAUUAAAUUGUUACACAAUAUAUUACUUCAGGUGAGGUAAUGGAUGCUUUAAUAUCAAUUCUUGUUAAACUAUAUCUAUUAAGCAUUUAUUAUAUAUAUAGGGAAUUAAGAUAUAUUUUAAUACAUA